UGCAUGCGCAUCAUCACAUCACCCCACUCUCUGCUGUUAAAGCGUCUGUCACCUCAUCAUGAUGUGACUGCUUCUCCCUCAUUCCCGGGAAAAGAGAUGUCAAAAGGACACCACUGAUUCCCUGAUCUCUAGACCUCAACCCUUUUCAGGAUUACUUUUCAGUGCAUCUCAACCGUGUUUGCAGCCUGUUCACGUCGCCCGGUCAUGGCACAGCAGGACGGUGCGGCCAAGAAGGACCCCGCCGUCGCGGCGUUGCACUCGCACUUCAUGGUGGGCUCCGUAUCAGAGGAGAACUCCGAGGAUGAGAUCCCGGGGAAGCUCGGCCUGCUGCUGGAAGAGAGGGAGACUCGCUCCUUGUCGCCGUCCUCUGACAGCUCAAGCAGCACCUGCGAAAUGGGAUUCGACCACAUUGAUGGUCCCCAGCACAAUCUAAGUGUUAUGAACGGGCAAUACAUUGUUCGCCCUGACAGGCCAAGCAUGUCAGGGCUGCACCUGGUAAAGCAAGGCAGAGACCGCCGGCGCAUUGAUCUCCAAAGGGACUUCACCGUGGCUUCUCCCGCGGAAUUUGUCACCCGCUUUGGUGGCAACAAGGUUAUCGAGAAGGUGCUCAUCGCCAACAAUGGCAUCGCAGCAGUCAAAUGCAUGCGCUCCAUCCGCCGAUGGGCCUAUGAGAUGUUUCGCAACGAAAGGGCAAUCCGCUUUGUUGUGAUGGUGACCCCGGAGGACCUAAAGGCCAAUGCAGAGUACAUCAAAAUGGCAGAUCAUUACGUGCCUGUGCCAGGAGGGACUAAUAAUAACAACUAUGCCAAUGUUGAGCUCAUUCUGGAUAUUGCUAAACGGAUACCCGUUCAAGCUGUGUGGGCUGGAUGGGGUCAUGCCUCCGAGAACCCCAAGCUCCCCGAGCUGCUCCAUAAGAAUGGCAUCGCUUUCAUGGGUCCCCCGAGUCAGGCCAUGUGGUCUCUGGGAGACAAGAUUGCCUCGUCCAUUGUGGCUCAGACCGCCGGCAUUCCAACCCUGCCCUGGAGCGGCGCCGGCCUCACAGUGGAAUGGACAGAGAGUAACCAAAAGAAGAAAAUCAUCAAUGUUCCGUCCGACGUGUACGAGCUUGGUUGCAUCCAGGACGUCGAGGAUGGCCUGAAAGCUUCAGAGAAGGUCGGCUACCCCGUAAUGGUGAAGGCCUCAGAGGGGGGCGGAGGAAAAGGCAUCCGUAAAGUCAACUGUGCGGACGAAUUCCCUAAUCUCUUCAGACAGGUGCAGGCAGAAGUCCCAGGAUCGCCAAUAUUUGUCAUGCAGCUGGCCAAGCAUGCCCGUCAUCUUGAGGUGCAGAUCUUGGCUGAUCAAUACGGGAAUGCCAUUUCCCUAUUUGGCAGGGACUGCUCCGUGCAGCGACGGCACCAGAAAAUCAUAGAGGAGGCUCCUGCCACCAUCGCCACUUCUGAUGUGUUCGAGGAUAUGGAACGGUGUGCAGUGAAGAUUGCCAAGAUGGUGGGGUACGUGAGUGCAGGUACAGUGGAGUAUCUCUACAGCCAGGAUGGCAGCUUCUACUUCCUGGAGCUCAACCCUCGUCUGCAGGUGGAACACCCCUGCACUGAGAUGGUGGCCGACGUCAACCUGCCUGCUGCCCAGCUGCAGAUUGCUAUGGGUAUACCUCUUCAAAGGAUCAAAGACAUCAGGAUGCUUUAUGGCGUCCAGCCCUGGGGAGACUCCCCCAUUGACUUUGAGGGCUUGUCGACUGCCCCCUCCCCGCGGGGCCAUGUCAUUGCAGCACGUAUCACCAGUGAAAACCCUGACGAGGGUUUCAAGCCGAGCUCUGGCACAGUGCAAGAGCUGAAUUUCCGCAGCAAUAAGAACGUGUGGGGCUACUUCAGCGUGGCGGCGGCUGGAGGGCUGCAUGAGUUUGCAGACUCCCAGUUUGGACACUGUUUCUCUUGGGGAGAGAAUCGGGAGGAAGCCAUCUCCAACCUGGUGGUUGCUCUGAAGGAGUUGUCCAUCAGAGGAGACUUCAGAACCACAGUGGAAUACCUCAUUAAGCUGCUGGAGACUGAAAGCUUUCAGCACAACAGCAUUGACACCGGCUGGCUGGACAGGCUCAUCUCCGAGAAGAUGCAGGCCGAGCGUCCCGAUACCAUGCUGGGAAUUGUGAGCGGGGCUCUUCAUGUGGCCGAUGUCAAUCUAAGAAACAGCGUAUCCAACUUUCUGCAUUCUCUGGAAAGGGGCCAAGUGCUGCCAGCACACACACUUCUCAACACUGUGGACGUGGAGCUGAUCUAUGAAGGGACUAAGUACCCCCUGACAGUGACCCGCCAGUGUCCAAACUCCUACGUGGUCAUCAUGAACAACACCUUUGCUGAGGUGGACGUCCAUCGGCUCAGUGACGGAGGUCUUUUGCUGUCUUACGAUGGAAGCAGCUACACCACCUACAUGAAGGAAGAGGUGGACAGGUACCGCAUCACGAUUGGGAACAAGACUUGUGUUUUUGAGAGAGAGAAUGAUCCUUCGCUGCUGCGAUCUCCUUCAGCGGGAAAGCUCAUCCAGUACAACGUCGAGGAUGGUGGCCACGUGUUCUCUGGACAGUGCUAUGCCGAGAUAGAGGUGAUGAAGAUGGUGAUGACCUUAACCGCUGUAGAGUCUGGUUGUAUUCACUUCGUGAAGAGGGCUGGAGCAGCACUGGAGCCUGGCUGCGUCAUUGCCAAGCUGCAGCUGGAUGACCCAAGCAGAGUGCAGCAGGCAGAGCUGCACACGGGGCCCCUACCUAUCAUCCAGGCAGUCGCUCUGAGAGGGGAGAAGCUACACAGAGUCUUCCACAACACCCUGGAUCACCUUGUUCACAUAAUGAACGGCUACUGUCUCCCUGAGCCCCUCUUCAGCACCAAGUUGAAAGACUGCGUGGAGAAGUUGAUGAAAAACAUGCGCGACCCCUCCCUGCCACUGCUGGAGCUUCAAGACAUCAUGACCAGCGUGUCGGGUCGCAUCCCGCCCGCUGUGGAGAAAUCCAUCAAGAAGGAGAUGGCUCAGUACGCCAGCAACAUCACCUCUGUGCUCUGCCAGUUUCCCAGCCAGCAGAUUGCCAACAUCCUGGACAGCCAUGCAGCUACUCUGAACAAGAAGUCUGAGCGAGAAGUCUUCUUUAUGAACACACAAAGCAUCGUUCAGCUGGUGCAGAAGUAUCGCAGUGGCAUCAGAGGUCACAUGAAGGCCGUGGUGAUGGACUUGCUCAGACAGUACCUGAAAGUAGAGAUCCAGUUUCAGAAUGGACACUACGACAAGUGUGUGUUUGCGCUGCGUGAGGAAAACAAGGGCGACAUGGCCAACGUGCUCAACUAUAUCUUCUCCCAUGCUCAAGUCACCAAGAAGAACUUGCUUGUUACUAUGCUGAUUGAUCAGCUGUGUGGACGCGAUCCGACACUGACCGACGAGCUGAUGGCCAUCUUAACUGAACUCACCCAGCUCAGUAAGACAACCAAUGCCAAGGUGGCACUGCGAGCCCGCCAGGUAUUGAUCGCUUCCCACCUCCCCUCGUAUGAGCUACGACACAACCAGGUGGAGUCCAUCUUCCUCUCUGCCAUUGAUAUGUACGGCCACCAAUUCUGCAUCGAGAACCUGCAGAAACUGAUCCUUUCAGAAACGUCCAUCUUUGACGUUUUGCCAAACUUCUUCUACCACAGUAAUCAGGUGGUCAGGAUGGCUGCCCUAGAGGUGUACGUUCGCAGAGCAUACAUCGCUUAUGAGCUCAACAGCGUCCAGCAUCGACAGCUGAGAGACAACACGUGUAUAGUGGAGUUCCAGUUCAUGCUUCCCACCUCGCACCCCAACAGAGGGAACAUCCCAACUCUAAACAGGAGAAUGUCGGCUCCGGUUUUAUAUGCGACUAAGCUCCUGGACCCUAAAGAUAGUAAAUCUAAGGAUGAUAACUCAAACAAGGCCUGCGAUUUGGAAUCUGUGGACAGGAUGUCCUUCUCGUCCAACCUGAACCACUACGGCAUGGUGCACGUUGCCAGCGUCAGCGACGUCCUGCUCGACACGUCCUUCACGCCACCUUGUCAGCGCAUGGGAGCCAUGGUGGCUUUCCGCUCAUUCCAGGAGUUCACCAGGAACAUAAACAACGUGCUGAGCUGCUUCUCUGACUCUCCUCCCCAAAGUCCAACCUUCCCAGAGGGAGGCAAUCCUGUCCUGUAUGGAGAAGAGGACAGCAAGAGUGUGCAGGACGAGCCGAUCCAUAUCCUGAACGUGGCCAUAAAAACGGACAGCGACAUUGAUGACGAAGGGCUGGCGGCCAUAUUCAGAGAGUUUACUCACUCGAAGAAAUCAAAGCUGUUUGAACACGGCAUACGUAGGCUUACCUUCCUCGUGGCCCAGAAGGAUUUCAGGAAGCAAGUCAACUGUGAGGUGGACCAAAGGUUUCAUAGAGAAUUCCCCAAGUUUUUCACAUUCCGUGCCAGAGACAAGUUUGAGGAGGACAGGAUCUAUCGCCAUCUGGAGCCGGCGCUGGCGUUCCAGUUGGAGCUCAAUCGCAUGCGGAACUUUGCCCUCUCCGCCAUGCCGUGUGCCAACCACAAGAUGCACUUGUACUUGGGUGCUGCCCGUGUGGAGGUGGGCACAGAGGUUACGGACUACCGUUUCUUCGUGCGGGCCAUCAUCCGCCACUCUGAUCUGGUCACAAAGGAGGCCUCCUUUGAAUACCUUCACAACGAGGCAGAGCGUCUGCUACUGGAGGCCAUGGACGAGUUGGAGGUGGCGUUCAACAACACGACCGUACGAACUGACUGCAACCACAUCUUCCUCAAUUUUGUCCCCACAGUCAUCAUGGACCCAUCGAAGAUUGAAGAAUCCGUGCGCUCCAUGGUGAUGCGUUAUGGCAGCCGUCUGUGGAAGCUGCGUGUCCUGCAGGCUGAGCUGAAAAUUAACAUCCGACUGACUCCAACGGGAAAGCAAAUCCCCAUCCGCCUCUUCCUCACUAAUGAAUCCGGCUACUACCUGGACAUCAGCCUGUACAAGGAGGUCACUGAUUCCCGGACGGGACAGGUGGGGCCCAAAGACCGACAGAUCAUGUUCCAAGCAUAUGGAGACAAGCAAGGUCCGCUGCAUGGCAUGCUCAUCAACACCCCCUAUGUGACCAAGGACCUGCUGCAGUCCAAGCGAUUCCAGGCGCAGUCUCUGGGCACCACCUACGUCUACGACUUUCCAGAAAUGUUCAGACAGGGUCUGAAGAAGCAGUGGCACUCUUUCCAGACGUUCGCCCACUUGCCAAAAUGCCCCCUUCCCUCUGAGCUGCUCACCUUCACAGAGCUGGUUCUCGACGCCCAAGACCAGCUGGUGCAGAUGAACAGACUGCCAGGAGGCAACGAGAUCGGCAUGGUGGCAUGGCGGAUGACCCUGCGCACGCCAGAAUAUCCUGCAGGACGCGAGAUCAUCGUCAUAAGUAACGACAUCACGCACAAGAUAGGCUCAUUUGGACCCCAGGAGGACAUGUUGUUCCUGCGGGCCUCAGAGAUGGCACGGGAGAGCGGCAUCCCGCGGAUCUACAUCGCGGCCAACAGCGGCGCUCGCAUCGGGCUGGCAGAGGAGAUCAGACACAUGUUCCACGUUGCCUGGCAGGAUACGGCUGACCCCUAUAAGGGAUUCAAAUAUCUCUACCUCACACCUCAGGAUUACAAGAAGGUUUCAGCCUUGAACUCUGUGCAUUGCGAACAUGUGGAGGAUGAGGGAGAAUCCAGGUACAGGAUCACUGACAUCAUUGGAAAAGAUGAAGGGCUGGGUGUGGAGAAUCUGAAAGGGUCAGGAAUGAUUGCUGGAGAAUCCUCUCUGGCUUACGAGGAGAUCAUCACCAUGAACCUGGUUACAUGCAGAGCCAUCGGGAUUGGGGCCUAUCUGGUGAGGCUCGGCCAGAGAACCAUUCAAGUGGACAACUCUCACAUAAUCCUUACUGGAGCAGGAGCCCUCAACAAGGUGCUGGGCAGAGAAGUUUACACAUCAAACAACCAACUUGGGGGAAUUCAAAUCAUGCACAACAACGGCGUGACCCACGCGACUGUUUGUGAUGACUUUGAAGGAGUCGUCGCGCUGCUGGCGUGGCUGUCCUACAUGCCUAUGUCUAAAUCUAGUCCGGUGCCAAUCCUCAUCGCCAAGGAUCCCAUCGAUCGGCUGGUGGAGUUUGUGCCUACAAAGACUCCCUAUGACCCUCGCUGGAUGCUAGCCGGACGUCCCAGCCAGACUCCAAAGGGUUCCUGGCAGAGUGGCUUUUUUGACCAGGGUUCCUUCAUGGAGAUCAUGCAGCCAUGGGCUCAGAGUGUGGUGGUGGGCCGAGCCAGACUGGGCGGGAUACCGACUGGGGUGGUCGCCGUGGAAACCAGGUCAGUGGAGCUUUCCAUCCCAGCAGAUCCAGCCAAUUUGGACUCGGAGGCAAAGAUCAUCCAGCAGGCAGGACAGGUGUGGUUCCCAGAUUCCGCUUUCAAAACAGCCCAGGCCAUCAAGGACCUAAACAGAGAGGGUCUACCUCUCAUGGUGUUUUCCAACUGGAGGGGAUUUUCUGGGGGAAUGAAAGAUAUGUACGACCAGGUGCUGAAGUUCGGGGCCUACAUUGUAGACGGGCUGAGGGAGUACAAGCAGCCGGUACUGGUUUAUAUUCCCCCCCAUGCUGAGCUGAGGGGCGGAUCUUGGGUGGUUAUAGAUCCCACCAUCAACCCGCGUCACAUGGAGAUGUACGCUGACCGGGACAGCCGAGGAGGGGUUUUGGAGCCAGAGGGAACAGUGGAGAUCAAAUUCCGCAGGAAGGACCUGGUGAAGACAAUGAGAAGAGUGGAUCCAGUCUACACGGGCUUGGCUGAAAGACUGGGAACUCCAGAGCUGAGUCCCUCUGAUCGCAAAGAGCUGGAGACCAAGCUGAAGGAGCGCGAGGAGUUUCUCCUGCCAAUCUACCACCAGGUGGCUGUGCAGUUUGCUGACCUCCACGACACCCCGGGUCGCAUGCAAGAGAAGGGUGUCAUAACGGAUAUCCUUGAUUGGCAAACGUCCCGUGAGUUCUUCUACUGGCGCCUGCGGCGGCUGCUGCUGGAGGACACGGCGAUGAAGAAGAUCCAAGCGGCCAACACCGAGCUGACAGACGGGCAGAUUCAGGCGAUGCUUCGCCGCUGGUUUGUGGAGGCCGAGGGAGCGGUGAAGGCCUAUCUGUGGGAUGACAAUGAAGAAGUGGUGGCAUGGCUAGAGAGGCAACUAGCUGAAGAAGAGGGAGCAAGGUCCCUCAUCGACGAGAACAUCAAGUACAUCCGCCGAGAUCACAUCCUCAAGCAGAUCCGCAGACUUGUUCAAGCCAAUCCAGAGGUUGCCAUGGAUUCUAUCGUGCACAUGACCCAACACAUUUCCCCCACGCAGAGAGCCGAGGUGGUGCGCAUCCUUACCACAGUGGAGACGCCGGGCUCCUCCUAGGGGCAGCCUGCCCCUCCCCGCCUCCCCCUCUCCCUGCCUGGCUGAAGCUCCGCACGGGCCACAGCCAAGAGGAGCCCGGCUCAGCCAGACCUGCUCCUGACUGAGACCGGGGCUGGAAACCAGGGGGGCUGGAAACCAAGGCUGGAGGAGCCAACAUGAUGGAGCUUGGCAGCUGCCGGGUUGCAAAUGAAUCGUUGGCGAUGAUUCUCACUAAGUAAGAGUUCAGAUGACCGACAACAAUUAUGACAUUCUGUCGUAUUAUAAAAAAAUAGUUUUAUGUCCGCUAAAUGGCCCUGUGUAAUUUGAACAAGUGCAAUUGAAAAAUAGUGCAGGGAAUAUCUAUUGACUUAAUAUGUAAUAAUGUGCUUUGGGUCAGUUGACCCGGGUGAUGUGGAUGGUUCCAUUAUACAACAAUGCAUUUUAAAAACUUCCAUAUUAAAAUGCAGCUCUGGUUUGUGACAUAUGCUUGUUAAUAUUCGCAAGUGUUUUGAUGACCAAGUAGACAAUGACGACACAUUGCUGGGGGCAUUGGCUCCAAAGGGGGUUUUACACUCCUAAGUAGGAAGCACUUAGUUACUGAACAAAGACGGGGAACACUACAACAGAGCCAGACAGGAGAGCCCAGCAGGGACAUGGUCCCUUUUUAGACCCCGACUGCUUCAGUUAGGCUGCAGUGAGCGACGGGCUUCUCGUCUCACAACAAAACCACAGCUGUCCCUUCUGUUCGCACAGUACGAGCAUGCUGCUCCAGAUGCACUUUACUGCAUACUGGUCCUUCACACAUAUGCACCCAGUAUCAAAACUGCAGUUUUAACUGGUGCAUCUCAGAUACAAACCUACGCACAAAGUCUUAAAAAUUUUAUGAAUACAAAGAGGACGCUGCUCAAAUGAGCAUUAAUAACUGGGAAGUAGCAUAUUUGUUUAAAAAAAUAUAUAUCUGAUCUCCCCUGUUUUUUUUGUUUUUUUUCUGGACUGCUAGUUUAAGUGGGGUGUGCUAAAACGAAUCAUUCCAAAUCCAGGGUGUAUCUUUUUUUUGCUACUGAAGAAAUCAUUUUUUAAUUUGUGCAUAAUUGGAUUGCUAACUCAUGAAAUGUCUGAAAAAACAAAGACUACUGUUCACUGGAUUUACAUGACAUGUAACAUUUGCUGUCUAAUUUUCACUGUAAUCCAAACUGUUUUAUUUAAAGUUUGUAUCUCAUUUGUAUGAAAUGUUACUUAUUUUUAAUGUUAGUUUCUGGAAAAACCAUGUUCAAAUUGCAUAUUACCUCUCACCUUGAGUUUGUUACCAAUAGACAGGCAAAUAAUUCAACCUGAAUGAGAAUGGAGUAGAUGCUAGUCAGAAAACAGCACCGUGAUCCUAUAGGUCAUACACUUUGCAGAAAAUGCAAUGUCAGCAAUGAGAAAUGGCUCUGUACUCAGUGUUGUGCCUUUUUAUGUGACAUGUAGCCCAGUUGCUUUAUAAGUAACUGGUUCUUUCCUAUUCAAGGAUGGAAAACAAUUGACUGUAAUGAGUUCUAACUGUUUUAAUAAAGCUUGCUCAACUUA